AUGCAAGGUCAUAUUCUGGUAGCCUCCUUGUUCUUCAUAACAUUAACUGAAGGAUUUCUUAUCAAUUUCAGCAAAUGUCCAAUAAAAAAACAUAAAGCAACCAAAUAUAUAAAGGGUGAUCCGUUAUUAGUUCAUAAAGAUUUUGAAGAUCGGCUUAAAUCAGUAGAAAAAGCAGCAAAAGAUUGUAAUGUACAUGUCUAUGUCAAAGGUUCUUAUUUUCAAACACCAGAUCCAGCUCAAGCAGUUCCAAUUGUUGACGCUGAUUUAGCUAUUGGUCAUGGUUUUCGAUUUGAACUUCGUGAUACAAAUGAUGCACUUGUGUGCAAUAGUUUAUGUCUUUCAAGAAAUCCAUCGACAAUAUUUGAAGUUAAAUGUUUCUUAGAAACAGUCGUGAGACAUGGUUUAGUAUGGUCAAUGUCUAAUUCAAAUGUUAUUAGUGAUGGUACAUAUGAAGCAGAUAAAAGAGGAUAUCACGAUCUGAAAAAAGAUAUACAAACAAAAUGUCAAAAAGAAUCCUUUAAACGACAAUUACAACGAGCACUUCUUGAAGAGAACGGAGAUGAUCAAGAUUCUGAAGGUGAUAGCCAAGAUAAUACAGAUGAUACUACUGACAAGAAGAAAAAAUAA